ACGUUCACUAAAAAAAAUGUAAAAAAACCUAAUUUCUUUUCUAGAUCUCAAAACCAUCUUUUCUCAAGUUCUUCAUUGUUCUUUUAAUUUUUAUAUUUUAAGCAAACUGCUAGAGCUACUAAUUUGAGGGCUCUGAUUCUCUCAUUAACUUUUCUUAUUUGAUUAAGAGUACAUUAACAGGCCCGAAAGAAUUAAUUAUGGGAAGUCGGAGAACAUGGGGGGUUCAGAUCGGGGAUGGGGGCGGAUGAGUCAGUGAAGAAAUCGUCGACGCCAGAAGCGCAAGAACCCAGCCGCCGUACCACCCUCUCCAGGUCGAAUCAACGUCGGCCUCAAGCUUUCCUCCUGACCGUUUUUCUCCUCCUCGCCGCUAGGCUCAGUCCACCGCACAAGCCUUCUCUAGAUCGAAUUGACGGCGGGCCUCAAACUCUCCUCUCGACCGCUUUUCUCCUCCCCCCGCUGCGCUCACUACACCGCACAAGACUUCUCCAGAUUGAAUCGACGACGACCUUUAGCUCUCCUCCCGGCCGCUCCUCCUCUCCGAGAUCAAUGGUUUCCCUGGUCAUCACACUGGCUCUCUUCCUUGUGACCACUCCUCGUCUCUCUUCCCGCCUCUCUUCCUCGUGACCACUUCUCGUCUCUCUUCGUCCCCUGCAGAAACUAGAAGCGCAAGAACUCCCCUGAAGAAUAAUUGAGGAAUGACGUUGUAAUGACGGAGGAUCGGUAGUUUAUUCCAGCGAACAGAGAAGCAGGGAAUUACAGAGGAAAUGGAAGAGAAAAUUGGUAAAGUAAAACUAUACUAAACUCAAUGUUUGACU